AUGAAUGCGCAAGGAUAUGACAGCGAUGCCCGGUGUAUCGGAACCCCACAGCGUAUUGAGAACGUAAAAGGAUCAUCCAAGAGCCCAGCCUUCCGCAGAAUGGGAUUGAAUGAUAUCAUAGAGCGCAGUCGGGAUUGCAUCAACAUGGAGAGCUGGGCGAGCGCCGGUGGUCAGGAUCGAUCUGAGACUCCGAGCGCUGGCUUUGGAAUGCACUUCAUUCCCACUCCACCAGGAAGUAUAAGAGGUAUCUCUGGUGCACGUCAUGUCAAGCAUGGAAUCGAAAGCACAGGAGCCCGCUCUACGCCCGCAUCUAACACAUCGCUCCCCAAUCAACGACCAGGAGAGCAAAGCAGCUUUGCGAAGUCUCUUCCAAGUCUCCAUGUCAGUCAAGAAGAAUUGGCUCGGCCCAAGCGGGAAAAUCUUCAACCUCGAACUGUAUUGACGGGUAGCAGUGGUGAGAAUCUUCAGAAUCUUGUGGUGGACUGGGCUCAAUAUAUGGAUGCAGAUCACAAUGAGUAUGGAGCGGCAUCUUCAGAAUCGCUGACCAGGCAAACAUCUGACAUCAUGGUCUCAAAAAGACGGCAGCCUACGAGCUCUCCUAGAUCCCAGUCGGAAGGCAAUCCGCCAUACCUAGGCGGCGCCGAUCUCUCAUACAAAAUUACGGGGCCUAACAUAGCACGCGGACCACCGUCAGCCAAUCCAUCUGUCUCGGAUCUCCCACGGGCAAACAGAUAUGGGGCGCCCAUGAUCUCCUUAGAAAACAUUGGAUCAUGGGAGACAUCUGAUAUCUCAACGAUUGUUGGGACAGAGUCCCAGAAGCAAGCUAUUAUUCACAAACGAGACGUGUCUUCGUUCUAUUCACGUCAAAGCGAUGAAGCCUUGGGGACGGCCUCCCCUGCUGUUCAUUCGCUCAGAGUUCAUGCGGCGAAUGUUCUGGAUCAUUUGCCUAACAUUCGCGGAAUGAUGACUGGAGAGUAUGCUUGCAUUGAGGAUGGACGAAGUCCUACGGAUGAGGUCAUCAAAAGCAAACUUGUCGACCAAUUCGAAGCCGCUAACUCGAAAUCCUUCUAUACCCAUUCCACACCGAAUUCCAAGAAUGGCAUGAACGGCAUGGGCUCACCCCGCAAGGUCAGUUCCGGGUGGAUGACUGACGGUCGGCGAAUGGGUUACGGCUAUAGUUUGGUAAACGAUGUCGACGAGUCCCCAUCAAAGGGUGAUGGGAAUGACAAUCCGCUUUUCAAUAGAGGCUGGGAUUGCCAAUCCCCCUCGCCAACCACUGGUACCGCCCAUGAAGCUGGAAUGAUUGGAUCUGUCAAGCAGCGGAACAAGCUGGAACCUCAAGCUCAGCCAGUGACUCCCAGGGCAUAUUCCAUGAGACCCGACAGCCGGUGUUCAUCCACCAAGCUCCCGAUCGAUCUCAAGGGUGAGCCCAUUCUAACACCAAGCAUGUGGGCGAAGAUCAAAAGCCACUCGGUUCGAGGCCAUGGUCAUGCCCCUCUAGCGGCGGACAUGACAGGCGAGGCAAUGUCCCCUUCAAACCUCCAUAAUGCAGGCUCAGUUUAUGCGCAGUACAACCGAUCUCCAACCCCUGCAACUGUCGAUUAUGUGGAGGACACGGAUGGAAGAUUUUUGCGUCGAUGGUCAAGAGGCAGUCUGUCGCUGAAACAACAACCCCAGACAGAUAAGAAUGAUGUUCUAAAGUCGCGGCGCAGUUCGUGUACUCCAGAGACUUCCCUAAUUGCAGAUCGCCGAUUAUCAAUGGAUCAGACAGACUGUCGUCCAUCUGCUUACUUUGAUCCGUCAAACGAAAGGAGCGCAGACAAAUUAAACGGACAACCCUCGCGCUCUCGAAGUGGGCGUUGGGUUUUGAGAUUCUCCAGAAACAGAGAGAGCAAGAAACGCUCAUACAUGCCUCCAAAAGAGCCGUCUGAAAUCUCUCCGGUCCAGUACGAAGAGUGGCCGCCCAGUGUUGACCGAGAAAAUUCUACCAGAAGUGACAUAGCAGCUGAAUUAGCGAAUGAUUAUCAAGAAUGCAUUCAAAUGCCCGGGUCUUUUUACGGCAGCGGUUGGGCGAGUCGAACAAGUCUGGUGGUGGAAGCAGAGUAA